AUGCUGGCCUGCUGCCCUCAAGGAUCUCACUCUGUGUUCCUGUUCCUGCUGCUGCUGCUUCCAUCACUGCUCAGCACAGGGAACUUCCUGUCCCAGUACCCUAACUGGGAAAGCUACCCUGGCCUGGCCUUGGGCUCCAGAAAUUUCCACCACCAUGAAGCCCAGAACCAAAGGCAUAUGUGGCACCGAAGGAGUUCGAAGCAGAUACCAUGCCAGGCCACCCCUGACAUAUACUUCGUCCUGGAUAAGUCAGACCGCAUGUCAGACUCUUGGCCGUAUGUUUACAAGUUCGUGGCGGAUAUGGUGCAGAGGUUAUCGAAUCAGGAUCUGCGAGUGUCCAUCAUCACCUUCUCUUGUAAGGGCAACAUCAUCCUGCCCAUCACUGGAGACAGAGAAGAAAUCCUUAAGGGCAUUGAAAGACUGAAGUAUAGCAUACCUGCGGGAUAUGAACUCAUUUACCUAGGACUGUGGAAGGCAAACAAGCAGAUAAGAAAGGUCAACUCAGGAGAUGUCCAGCGUCCCAGCAUGAUCAUCUCCUUACUCAACAGUCCUCUGGGCGAUGACAUCUAUAAGUUUUCUAUGGAAGAGGCUGAUGAUGCUCGGAAAAUGGGAGUGCCUGUUUACUGUGUGGGUGUGGGCCACUCUGACAAAAAUCAGAUACUGGAAAUUGCAGGGAAACCAGAAAAUGCAUAUACAGAAAAGAAAGCUGAACACCUGAAUGACCUCAUUUUCCCAAUAGCUUCCAAGGCCUGUCCAUCCCUUCAAGCUUCAGAUACACGCAUUAUAUGUAUCAGAGAAUCAAACCCAGUCAUACUUCGUGGAUAUGGCUUUGACUUUGCCGUGCGUAAAGAGGAGGUUAUUUGCAGGUUCCUUUUCCACGACAUGGAUAAGAGUUUCGAAGAUGUAAAAGCCAUCAAUUUAACCAAGACUAAUGUUACUUGUCCUGGACCAAUCGUGGAUGAACCAGGAAAAGUGAUCUAUAUUCUACUCAGCUUGGACAAUGGAAGGAACUUCCUGAAUAACAACAAUGCAUUCGUUGCAAGCAAGCUAUGUGGCAAAGAACCAUUUACCACCACAACUACAACCACUAGGAGGCCCACAACUAAAACAACACGUACCACUACCACCAAGACAACAUCUACCACGACAACGGCACCGGCAACCACAACUACACCUACCACAACCACAGAACUGAAGCCCAGCGGCGAUAUAUUCAUUUUUGCCCCAAUACUCCUGGGCCUGUUGCUGACUCUGUUGCUGAUUGGUUGUUUAUGGCAGCUGUGCUGCCUUCCGCCUGUCGAGGAGCCACCCCCACCUAAGCCCCAACCACAGCCCAGAAAGAAGCAACAGCCCCCUCCUCCAGUGUCUCCCCCAGCACCAGCAUCCCCCAUUGUGAUCAUCUGUUGCUGCACCUGUCGUGGCCUGACUGUGAGCAGAGACACGGAGGGCAACGUGACCGAUUGCAACUUCAACCCCCUAAGCUGUCACCAGUUGCCAUUGAUGUGGCCUCAUCCUGGUGACCAGAGUCUGCUCGUGCUCCGAUACAUGCAACAGUACCCCAAGGAGUAG